GGGGCGGCUACUCCUAAUAUAGCCAAUGCCCCGUUGAGCAAAAAAGCAUAGCUUCGUUCUUCGGCUAGAGAGAGACGAAGGACUGCACAGGAUGUGUGCCGCAUUAGCGAAGCCAGUCCUCUAUACUUAUUUCAGAAGUUCCUGCACUUGGAGAGUGAGAAUUGCACUGGCUCUGAAAGGAAUUGCCUAUGAUUCAGCACCUGUCAACCUUUUGAAGGAUGGAGGGCAGCAGCUGACACCAGAGUACCAAGCAGUGAACCCAAUGCAGCAAGUCCCAGCCCUCAAAAUUGAUGGCAUCACCCUCUCGCAGUCAAUAGCAAUAAUAGAGUACCUGGAGGAGACGCGUCCAAAACCUAGUCUCCUGCCCCGGGAUCCAAAGAAGAGAGCCCAGGUGCGGAUGAUCUCAGAGCACAUUGCUUCUGGAAUUCAACCCUUGCAGAACUUGACUGUCCUGGCGCAAUUUGGUGAGAAGAAGCAAGACUGGGCAAAGUACUGCAUUUCUCGUGGUUUCAAAGCUUUGGAGCAGAUCCUGCAUGAAACAGCUGGGCGCUACUGUGUUGGGGAUGAGGUAACCAUGGCUGACCUAUGCUUGGUUCCCCAAGUUUUCAAUGCUGGGAGGUUUAAAGUGGAUCUUACGCCAUUCCCUACAAUAAACAGAAUCAACAAAGCUCUCUUGGAAUUGGAAGCGUUCCAAACCAGCCAUCCAUCACGGCAGCCAGAUACCCCUUCAGAACUAAGAGUCUAAAGCUGCCCCAUUUUCUUACUGAAGAGGAUUUGGGCAUAAUUUUUUUUUAA